CCAGCAUGGAGAAGUGAUGAUUUACUGAAUGACUCGUUUGCAGUAGGCAUCGCACUGGCUGAGUUAGACAACAUGAGCUCUUCGGAGCAGCUGGUAGUGAAAUGUGCGGCUAUCAUCGGGCUGACUUUCACGACUGAGCUGCUGCUCCACAUCAUUCCCGAAUGGACCAAGAGGAAGAUGAAUCAGAUGCUUGCAGCCCUGGUGGAUUCCCACAUCUUCAAGUGUUUUAAUAAAAGAAAGGACUCCCAGAAAGCACAAUCACAGGAUAUGCCCUCCACAGAGUUACUUGUUUGCCCCGGGACAGUGAGACCAAUUGGACAAGACUCAGGGAUGGAGAGAAAAGCUGUGACAGCCGAGGCUUCCCUAACAAGCACAUGCUCCCCUGAAAGUGUCCAGAGGACAAGUGAAGAUAAAACGUCCCAUCAGAUACAGAACUCACAGUAACCUGGAGGGAACGAGGCAAGACCACCACACUCAAACCCAGGGAGCUGCGGAGAGAAAGAGGGGUGAAAAAGGAAGUGGCUGAGAGGGAGAGAGAUUGAGUGAAAUAGUAUGGGUGAAGGUAUGAGACAGAGCACAAAAAAGAAAAUGAAAGAGGCAGGUAAAGUAUUGGUAUGGAGAGUGGAGAAGGAUUCAGGGGCAGUGUAGUACUAGUAGCACAUACUCACCUAGUGGGCACCCCUCAUGCUGCCUUGCACAGGGUCCUUGUCUCUGGCCUCACCUACUGGGCUCACUUCCUGCCCUUCAAUGGCCUUUCUCAGGCUUCCUCUUCGCCCCUUCUGGGUACGCUGUGGCAUGGCCAUCUGACCAAGGCACAUGGAAAUUUAAACCCCUUUCAGGGAUAACAUGAAGAAGUCCAAAUGAAAGUCCAAUCAGAUCUUCAAACUAAUACCUCUUCUGCAGCCUCAGGAUCCACUGUAGUUCCCUUGCUGGCCCUGCCUCAGGACUUCUCCUGCAGAGGCCUAACCCACUCCUGUAGAGUUCUUCCUCUGGUGCUUCCUGUCUGUUAACCCUGCUGCUAGGGCUUUGCUUGAUCAGAAACCGGUGGCCACUGUAGUCUGUCCCCACCUGAGCACCCUUGCUCUGCUUCCUCUGGCCAGGAGGCAAUUAGUUAAUCACUCCCAAGUUUGG